ACCGGAUGUUAGCUGACUUCCCAUAGUGCCUCGCGAGUGGCGGGCAUGAUAACAAAUCCAGGCGGGUCACACGCAGCGAGUUGUCAUUGUUGAGGCCGUUACGGUUUGCAAGGAGGGUCCUGGGGGAUUUGGGCCCGGCCACUGCCUUGUCGACCAUCACCGCUGCCAUGGCGCUCCUGCGGGGAGUGUGGGGUGUGCUGAGGGACUUGGGAAAGUCUGGAGUAGAGCUGUGCUCCGGCUGUGGAAAUCGUCUGCGCUCACCCUUCAGUUUCGUGUAUUUUCCGAAGUGGUUUUCAUCCACCUUGGGUAGUUAUCCAAAGAAACCUAUGAGUUCAUACCUUCGAUUUUCUAAAGAACAGCUACCCAUAUUUAAAGCUCAGAACCCAGAUCUGAAAGUAUCAGAACUAAUUAGAAGAAUUGCGGAGCUAUGGAGGGAACUUCCUGAGUCACAGAAAAAAAUAUAUGAAGAUGCUUAUAAGGCAGACUGGCAGGCAUACAAAGAAGAGAUAAACAGAAUUCAGGAACAGCUAACUCCAAGUCAAAUGAUAUCUUUGGAAAAAGAAAUCAUGCAAAAACGUUUAAGAAAGAAAGCUUUAAUAAAAAAGAGAGAGUUAACAAUGCUUGGAAAACCAAAAAGACCUCGCUCAGCUUAUAACAUUUUUGUAUCUGAAAGCUUCCAAGAAGUUAAGGAUGGUUCAUCGCAGGCAAAGCUGAAAUCUGUGAAUGAAACUUGGAAAAAUCUGUCUAGUUCUCAAAAGCAAGUAUAUAUUCAGCUUGCUAAAGAUGAUAAAAUCCGUUAUGAUAAUGAAAUGAAAUCUUGGGAAGAACAAAUGAUUGAAGUUGGACGAAGUGAUCUUAUACGUCGCAAAAUGAAGAGCCAAACAAAAGAUGGCAUUGAGGAGGAGUGUUAAGAUAAAAGAUGGAGCUGUGUUCAUGAUGAUUAGGCACAACAAACCAAUUAGGUCUCAGUAACCUGAAGCUGUGUAAAAUUAGAAAGGAUAAAGUUGGUGAACAUUUUAUAUUCAAUUCCUUUUUCUUUAGCCCAUGAACUUCUGCUAGUCGAAUACAUUUUGUAUUAGUAUUUUGACAACCUAAACAGUUGAAAGUUCAUGCAAAAUUUUAUUUUGUGUUUAAGAACUACUGAGGAUCAAGAUAAUCCAUACAAAUGGAGCAGUGAAUCAUUUUACCUUUGAUAAAGGUAAACCAGUCUGUGAAGUUUUUUUAUAUUGGAAGACAAUUAUGGAAAGAGAAUUGUUUCCUUAUGGAAGCAGGAGUUUCUUUUCAAAUUUGUGACAUAUUAUAGAUGACACAGUGUUCUAUGAUGUAAUUAUGCAUUUUUAAAAAAGCAGCCAGAGCUCAUCUAGGUAAAUUCCUAUUCCUUGGGUAUAAUUCAUAUUUUAUUCAGAGUUGAUGGUUGUACAUGUACGUAACAGUUGGUUUCAAUAGUAACUUUUUAUAAAAGGGACUGAGAUUUAUAAACCUUUUUCUCAUUGUCUUUCUUUUAACUAAAGUAAAAACUAAGAAAUUAUGUAUGAAAUCUAUGCAUAUUAUUUUAUAUUGCAUAGAAUAAAAAUUCUAAUUUUUCAUUUUAUACGUUUGUGAAUUAUGUAUUUGUAAAUGGAACGUUUUUUCUUGAGGGAAUUUUAUUUUUUCUGAAUUAUUAUUUCUCUUUUAAGUUAGUAUGUUUAUUCACACACACGCACACAAAAAAAAAUGUGCUAAAUUUUUAAAUGAGAAAUCUAAAACAUGCAAGUCUCCGUCAGGAAUUUGAAGCAUUUUGCAUAACAUAAAGGUCUUCAUAAAAGACAGCCAACUACGGUAUAUGGGUCAAAUCUAGUCCUCUGCCUACUUUUCAUGGCCUGUGAAUUAAGAAUUUUAUUUAUAUUUUAAAUGAUUUUUAAAAAAGAAGACUAUGAAUGUAAAAAUUAACAUGAAAUUUAGUGUGCUUAGUUUUAUUGGAACACAGUUAUGUUCAUUCUGCUUAUCAUGUAUGACUGCUUUUGUGCUAUCAUGACGAAGUUUACUGGCUGCUACCGAGACUAACCUGGAAACCCUAAAAUUCAUACUAUCUGACCCUUUAUGGAUACAAUUUGCCUACUCACGUUUUAUAGCAUAGUCCACAGUGACUAAGGUUCUUAUGUAUUGUAAUGUUAGGAUAGUUUUUUUUAGCUGCUUCAGAUGUUCUUGUUUUAGAAAAAGCUACAUAAGCUAUAUAAGGUAAACAGUUGCUCCUCACUGUUAGCAAGGAAAGUAAUCUUCAGUCUCAACAUUAUGUUGCAGUAUAAUGAAAAAGAUCCAUGUUAUGUGAAAUAAGAGUCUCAAAUUAUUUGCUAUGGCUGAAUAAAAUGUACCUUAAAAGUUUCUAGCAAAGAAUAUCACAAAAACUUCACUGUAGUUGGGAACCAUCAUUACUUAAUAUUUCUUUAUUCUCUUAAGCAGGUCGUGCAAAUGUUUUCAAAAUCCACACCACCUCUUUAGGCAGAAUAAUUUAUCUUUCAACAUCAGUUCAAAGAUAUAGGAUAAGUCAGAAUUUAUAUGUACUUUAUAUAUUAUUAAAAAUCCUUAGGAAUUGUAGAUUCUGGAUUUCCAGAGUUUGAAGAUUGGUUUUAUCUUUGGUUUUGGUUUGGUUUGCUUUACUGCUGAUUGAAUCCAAAUGCACUCCACCACUGAGCUGUAUCCCCAGCCCUUUUUCUUUUUUAUUUUUGAGGAAGGGUCUCAUUAAGUUGCCCAGGCCAGCAUCAAACUUACGAUAUCCCUGUCUUGAAUUGUUGGGGUUAUAGGCAUGUGGCCCAUGUUCAGUAACUCUGGAGAUUUUUUUUUUGUUUAUGGAUGAAAAAUAAGUAAAAUGUCACAAAUAUAAUUUGUUUAUGUACUGAACUUGACAAAGAUGGGAACUAAAGAUACAAAUAUAGUUUCAGAGGAAAGAAGGUUUCAAUAUAUAAAAAUGGAUAUUUGCAAACUUUUCCCUGUGGAUUUGAAUAUAGGACAAAAUCUGCCAUUACGAAAAUAGAUUCCAUGGAUUUUAGGCCAGAGUAGUUUAGAGGUAGGGGGAAAGAGGACAAGGUGUGCUAGUGCCUUAUCAGUAUUUCUCAAGUAGAUUUCUAGAAGAGAAUUAAGCUCUAAUUUCCUGUGGCAUCUAGAGUGGUACUAAUUAGUUUCCAUCCUUAGGAGAAUGAAGAAAAUCAUAAGUCAUUGAUUCUGUUCUGUGCUUCAUAUGAGCUUAGUGAAUCUGUGAGUUUUAUGGAAUAAGUGAAAUAGAGAAAUGAGCUAUAUAAACAUCUACAGGACAAAUGUAGCAUGAAAACAUAUUUGCAGUUAAUCUGCAGGGAAUUCCCUCGGAGCUCUUACACUUACAUUCAUAAAUUAUUUUAUAACUUUGAUUCAAAUCAUACCUUCUCAAAUUUAUUGGGAAGUGCAGUGCUUAGUAAGUUCUCAAGUACUUAAAACUUAUAAUGGAAGAAAAGGUGUAAAACAGUGAAAAGAACUGGAACAAGCCACUUUAUAGUAUCAGAUUUUAUUUGGUUUUAUUUGGAUUUUAUUUGAUUAAAAGAAGGUCUUUGUUAAUACCUUAAAUAAUAGAAUUAUCUUAUUUCAUAGCCUUUCUUAAUAAACUUAAGUACAUGUGGAACACUGGAUGCCAAAUACCACAUGGCAUCGAUAUACAAGUUUUUAUAAAGAAUAACAGCAUCAAUAACAAGUGGCCAUUCAUAUAAAGGCUUACUGUUUACACUUGACUUUUCUUUCUUUUUUUUGGUACCAGGGUAUUGAACCCAGGGUUCUUAACCACUGAGCCACAUCACCAGCCCUUUUUAUUUUGAGAUAGGGCCUCACUAAGUUGCUGAGGCUGACUUUGAACUAGAGAUCCUCCUGUCUCAACCUUCUAAGCGACUGGGAUUACAGGUGUGCACCACUGUGUCCAGCAUUUUUUAGACUUCUUAAUUUGACCUAACAAAGUAGUUGCUGUAGGAGCUAGUGAGUGCAAGAAAGGGAAGAAGAAAAAAUAAAAUGAAGCAAGAUUUAUACUAUUCUGUAAGUCAUAGAUUUGUGUACAUUUUAUACUUACUGUACUCUAAGUGGAUUUAAUGAAACUAGAAAAUUUUGAUUUUCCUCACACACUAUACCUAUAAUUUAUCACCUCCAGCUUAUACUAAAACAUUGUUUUUUUGUUUUGU